AUGCAACCAAUCGACGCUGGGAAACGUGCGGGCAUACUGGCUGGGGACCGUGGUCUACGCGGCGUGCUGACCCUGCAGUCAUUUGUGACCUCCUUCCGGGUACGAUACAGCCCACAAGACUCGCGUCAACAGCCUUCGCUGCAGCAACUGGGAGCCUUCCUCGCUUGCUUCGUGGCCUGGCCUGUUACGAACCGGUAUGGCCGUCAUAAAACACUCGCGCUGGCCUCGGCUAUCUUUGUUGUCGGCGCGGAUAUUCAAACGAUCGACACCCACGCAAUGGGCGCGUUCUACCCCGGACGCGUCAUUGCGGGCGUUGGCCUCGGUGCAGCAACCGUCGUGAACCUCAUAUACAGCUCGGAGAUGACCGCGAAGCACUUGCGCGGACAGAUCGCGGCAUUUCCAUGUCGUACUUGGUCGACUAUGACCUUUUCAAAGGCAUCUCUGCCCAAGGAGUCAAUGCAAUGGCAGAUCCCCAUCGGGCUGCAGAUCGUCCCCGCUGCGCUCCUUGGUCUUAGCAUGCUCACGCUCAAGGAAUCCACUCGAUGGCUCACUCAGAAGGACAGACACGAAGAGGCCUAG